AUGUUCACAGAUGUGCGUAUAUGUCAGUUUCUCACCCGCAAGCUCUCAAAAUGGAGAGGACCGGGACACGUAACAACAUUUAGGACGACAACGUCGAAUUCUCUAGCGUCUAGACGACGCUACACGACCACAUCGCAACUUAUCGCAAAUCCGACGUCUUCCGAGGCCAAACUCGGGGAUUUGUCGGAUAAUGAACGCCCAUCCAUAUACAUUAAUCCCGUUUGUAUGCAAUUGGAUCAACUGCUGCACAAUUGCGACAACUACGACAGUCUUCUCGGGGUCCUUGUAACUCAUCGAGGUGUCAUGUACUUGCACAAUUUGGUCACUGUGAUGACGCUCUUGAGGGAUUUUGCGGAGAAGGACAAGGGCGAAUUCCAGCCAGACGCCGAUGAUCUGUUUGCCGGCUACUCGGAGAUGCACAGCAAGCAAAAGACAGCGCAUACAACCUCCAUAGAUGAGAGCAGAUUGACAAAGACGCAAAAGGCUAUCCUGGCCAAGGCGAAAUCUGAGAUACUGGUCCACCUGGAAGACCCAAAGAAUGAACAUUACAUGAAGGCAUCCCAGCACAGCAGGAAGCUCUCAGAUGCAAUCAUAAGGGAUGAGAGGUUGUUACAUGUUUCUAGUUUAAAUUUGUACAGGUACGACUUACUGCUGCAGGACUUGUAUGUGAAUAGAAACAAGCUGGACAUUGCAUCGGCUUGCCAUGUCAUAAUAUCGCUGGACUCUUUGGGUCACAAAUAUUUUCGUUUGUACAAUGGAAUAUUAAAGCACCUGUUACGCAUGCCUAUGCCCUUCUCUGAUGAGGAUCCGCAGACUGUGAAUGACAUUGGAAAUCUGCUCAUCAAGACAUGUCACUGCUAUGUGAAAGCUGGAUUCUACGAUAUUCCAUUGUAUAAUAGGGUUUGCAAGGGACUUUUCACGAGUGUGUCAUCAGGUAUGAGUGAGAGUGAAGGGUUCCAUCGGCUGCUCAUGAAUGUUGUAAGAUUGUAUGGAUCAGUAAAAAGUUACGAUUGCCAUGUAUUUGAAAGAAUCGCAGAACUUGUGCAAGAUAAAAGGCUCUCUGCGCAAGAUGUCAGUCUCUUGGCACUAGCGUUUUCAGCCCAUCAAAACUACACAAGGCUCCAUGAUAGAGUCAUGUACAAGGUUGCCAACGAAAUCGAAACCAGGCCCUUGGAAUUUGGGACAAGGGAUUUAUACAAUUGCAUCUCGUCCUUCUCAAAUAUGUCCCUGUAUUUUGAAAGGUGCUGGAGGAUAUUUUCCGAACGACUCAUUGAGGGUAUCAUGUAUUCCAUAAACACUGCAGAUAAAUUGGAAUUUUCGGUCCCUGAACUCUCGUCAAUCGUUGAAAAAGUGUGCAGGAUAGAUAACACAAGUCCAUUUGUCAACAAGUUGGUGGAGUAUACUCUCAUUUACCUGGAAGAUCACAUUAAUGACAUAACGGAGGAUAGCGCCAUAAAUUUAGCAUCGUCAAUAUCACUCACAAAUAACCACGGUAAGCAUGAUUUUCUUAAACCUUUAUACUGUAGAGAUGAACACAUACAUGCUACCGUUCAUUUGGAGAAAAGUUGGUAG